AACGAAUCUCUUCUGUUCCCCAUUGGACCCCCUACUAUAGUCCUAUCACCCGUUUCCUUUUCCUACUUUCACCAGAAAGGAAAAAAAAAAUGUAAAAAUUGAUUAGUCCUUACUUAGCUUCGUGAAUUUGGAGCGUUUCUUUAAUUUGCUGUCCGCAUAAAUCUCAAGAGAGCUCUCUAAGUCCACCCUUCUUUUCCUUUGACAAUCACCUUUUCUGGAGAGUGCUCUUCCAUUAUUUCUUUGUUCAAAGUUCGUCAUUUGGAUUUUUGGGAAGUGAGUAAUUGCUUUGAGUAUCUCGUAUCUCCAAGGUCCACCCUUUUCACUUUCAUCAUUCAUCUCAAAAUCAAACACACAAGUCACAAACUUCAUCAUUAUCUCCCACAAGUCACAAUGCUCUUCUCAUUCACUUCCCUUUUAAUGACCUUCCUCAUCGUUCUCCUCUCCUUAAGCUUCCUCCAACAGUCAUUGGCCAACCUUCUCGCCGAGCCAGCGACGGGCCAAAACCAGCCCUUAAAGCCCGGGGAGUACGCAAGCCCAAACACCGUACCGGCCUUCCCGGUCCAGACCCAGGCCCAAAUCUGCCGCCUCGACCUCUCCGACGAGCUCUUCGGCGGCGUCAAGGAGGCCUGCGGCCGAGACCUCGACCGGAGCCGCUGCUGCCCCGUUCUCGCUGCCUGGCUCUUCGCCGCCCACGCGCGCUCCGCUCUCGAGGUCUCUCCGGCGGCGGCUCCGUCUCCGUCCGUGUCGGAAGGAGGAGGAGAUCUUCCUAUGAUGCCGGACGACUCGCAGAAGUGCGUAAACUCUCUGCAGAGCUCGCUUCUGAGUCGGAACAUUCGGAUUCCGCAGCCCAAUGCGAGCUGCGACGCCAUUCUCUGCUUCUGCGGGAUUAGGCUCCAUCAGAUUACCUCCCUCAGCUGUCCGGCGGCGUUUAAUGUCUCCGGUUUUCAUAACGCCACUCCCACCGCCGCCGUCAGGAACUUGGAGAGAAACUGCCGGAACUCUUCUUACUCUGGCUGUACUAGAUGUUUGGGUGCCCUCCAAAAGCUAAAGGGAGGAUUCAAGAACGGAACGGAGAAUUCCCAAAGUGAAAGAGCGAGCAAGAUGUUCAACAGGGACUGCCAGCUCAUGGGGCUGACGUGGCUUCUCGCCCGAAACAAGACGGCGUACAUACCGACCGUCUCGGCUGUAUUGCGCGCCAUAAUGUACAGUGCGCACCCACCCCACCAGUCCCGGUGCAGCCCUGACCAGGAGAACAUGCCUCUCGCCGUCGAUUCCCUGCAGUUCGAGAAGGCCCAAGCCUCAUCAUCGCUGUCCACUUUUUUGUUUCCCUUUCUGCCCCUAAUCAUUUUGGUGUCCCUGUUUGUUUGAGGCCGUAUCACGUGGGGCCUAUCUGUAUUUUUGGUCGUCUCUGCCGGGUCACGUGAUGCUAGUAGACAAAACGAGCUAAUUGGGUUGUUUUUGUCUAUUUUUACCCAUUGUAAAUCUCAGCUCGUUUCUUUCACUUUCGUAUUGUAGGGUGGAUAAUUGGAAUACAAGUUCAUAAUUCUUUUGAGGGGAAAAAAAAAAAA